GAGACGCGAGCCUGGUCCGGUCUGCUGUCCUUAGACCGCGUGAAGAUAUCUCAAACCUAGCCUACAAGGACCUUUUGCGGUUGUUGCAGGACUUUCGGAGCAGAUCCCGACCCACCCCGGGAGGCCAGCAGGCGCUGAAAGGUGUUUAUGUUCAAGAAUUAUCGCUGUUGACUGACGGAGAGCGCCAUAAUCGCCACCAGACCCGCAGACCACGUGACCAAGCAGAAGUCUAACCUUAUCGGGUCCUGUUAAGACGACGUAAGGAGGCCGUGCGGCCGGGGGCCAGGCUAUAAAGGCAGGCGGGGUGCCGACAGCCAACAGAAGUCUCACUGGGCGGAUCCAGACGGACAUACGGACACCAGCGCGACAAGUGUACCCAGGGAGUUCACGGUUCUUAACGGUGUAACGUUCGUACGUAAAAACUUCCGCCAUGGUAGAACGGAGUCUGUCCUAUCUGUUCGUCUUCUUCUUGCCUGUUAUCGUAGUUAUACAAGGGUCAAGCCACGGUGGCGAAGGGGACUAUGGGAACGCAUCGUGCCCGGAAACGAGGCCGCGGCGCUAUGACGUCACGGACUUCGGCGACCCCAAGUUUUUCCAGGGCUGGGCUGACGUCACCGGACAGGGUGCCGCGCAUGACUACUGCAGGGUUGUGUCCCCUGCGCCUGGCCUGAUGUUCCUGUCCUGUGCUCUAGCUGGAACAGCCGGGGAGAGCGAGUACAACUACAACUCCGUCGGCGAGGGCGGCGAGUGGUUCGACGAGGGAUUCCCCAACACCUGGUACAUGAAGGACGAGGAUGGGGACGGAAGGGAUGAUUUCUGCAGAUGCGUCGGUAUCGGCACGAACACGCGCGUGGCGUGUAUGAAGGCCGGAGAGAAAGGGUUCUACGGCAGCGCCGCGCAGGGGGGAGACCAGAAAACCUUCACGGCGCCGAACUCACCCACCGACUGCCGGGACCGAACCGUCCACCACCUCUUCGGCGUGCCCAACUAGAUACAAAACGUUAAUCUCCAAGCAGAUCCACGGUGGCGUAAUAUAGUAUCAAACCUAAUCUCGAACCAGGUCCACGGUGCGUAAUGUAUAGUAUCAAACUUUCCGUCUGGUGCCCGUUUGACUCCCUUGGCCGGCUACACUCCUUGGCCAGCUUUGAUACUAUCUUAUGGCACCGUAGGAUCUGCUUGGAGAUUAUAUCAAACCCACCGUUUGACUCCCUUUGGCCUGCUAUACUCCUUGGCCAGCUUUGAUACUAUCUUAUGGCUCCGCAGGAUCUGCUUGGAGAUUAACAAAACGUUACCUUGUAGUAACCGUACCAAUUUACGUUUCCAAUGAUCAAUUUCUUGACUGAAUCCGGUUCUCAAUUCGUCAUAACAACUGUGAGGAUACAAUCGCCAAAAAAAUAUAUCGAGUGGUGUUCAGUUAAUCGACCCAGUGUGUGGCUAGAGUGACAGAACAAAGGACAAAAUUUAAGUGUAGUCGUACAACACUCAUGAUCACAAGAAGGCAAAAGAAUCACACGUCCCCCGCCCUGCUGUUAAGCUCCGAAAACCAAUUCAUUGUUUGAACACUUUUGAGUGUAAGAAGUAGGGAUUAUGUCUAUGUACCAAAUGUAGAAAAGAAACACACUUUGACGAGGUACAAUCUACCCUGUGUGUCGUUUAGUCCAAUUUACGCUCUUUUUAUUCCACGAUCAUGAUUCAAUACUGCGGUAGAACUGAGUGAGAGACACAUUCAGCACGUGAUAUGCAAAACCGGGGUCUGUCUCCAAACGCACCAAGAACCAAAUAGGGACGAACUAAUUGUAGCUAUAACAAUCGGCAGUACUUUUCUAUACACCAAAAGACUUGAUAUAGGAUAGGAACGAAAUUUAGGACUACAAAAAGAGAAAGACGUAGCGUAUAUCAAUUGUCUGGUAGCAUUCCGAAUCGCAUAGUGGAAAUGUAAACGAUACUUGUACGUUAUAUGAUAUAUAUGGGGUAGUGAGUAUUUGUACUUUUUUUAACCAGUUUGUUACGUUGUGUUACGUUGUAUACUAUGCCUUUAAAGUGUCCAAAGCCGAUUGAAGAUACAUGUACUACAUAUGCUUGGGGACUCCAAACAGGAGAAGAGAAAUAAGCUAAAAAUGCCAGUGCGUCUGUGCAAUCAUCUAUGUCUCAUUUAAAUCGGUUUAUUUCAGAGUAUCAGUGUAGAGCAGCAACUGAUUGUUUCCUAACUGGCCCUUUAUGCCAGAAAAUGGUAUCAACAUACAAUACAAAGUGGAUGUACCAUUAGAUUGUUAUACAUAAAUACAUACUUAUGAUUGCAUGUAUUGUUUAUCUUCAAAGGUAAAAAGAAAUAAACACCGAAAACUUUGAAAAAGAAAA